CAUUUAAUUUUUUACUAAACAACCAUUUGGUAAAAAAAAUUUUGUAUUCACGUUUUUAAAAACAAUUUUAACGUGAUAUAAUUUUAACAAAAAAUGGUCAGUUGGAGUUCUGUUGUACGUCCAGCGGCUCAAUUAGCCAAAUUCCGUACAAUUUUGCAAACACCAGCCGUAAAAAAUGCUGUCCAAUUGCAACUGCGCCAAAUGAGUGGUGGACACCAUCAUAUGAUUGUACAACCAUCACGUUUCCAAUGGAAUAAAUUUAAGGAUUUAUUGCACUUCUAUGUGAUGUUGGGUGUUCUACCCAUCACAGCUAUUGUGAUGUACUGCAACAUUUUCAUUGGUCCCGCUCAGUUGCACGAAAUUCCAGCAGAUUAUGAGCCAAAACACUGGGAAUAUCAUAAGCAUCCAAUUUCUCGCUUUAUUUCCCAGUACAUGUUCCCCAGUCCACAACAAGAAUAUGAGAAAUCUUUACAUUUCAUGUACGAGGAAGAUGAAAAGGCUCAAAUCAGACUACUUGAAGAAAAAAUCCGCGCUAAAAUGUCUGAACGUAACGAUUACAAAGCCUACUACUACAGGCCAGCUAUUGCCAAAUAUCACAGAAUUUCCAAAGAAGCUGCUGAUGAAUUGGAAGAAUUGCGUGGUGAUUAAUCAGCCGGCAAUAUUAAUAUUGUUCGCAUGCGAUUCAAUGAAAUUCGUUAUCUAUAGUUAAAUUAAAGUGCAGAAAAACAAAUUCUUAAAAAAAAUAAAUGUAUCUUUAAAUAAAAAAGUAAA